ACCUCACCGAAUCAAAUGUCGUUCCCACUGGGUAAGAAGACCUUAGAGGAUACCAAGAAGUCUCUUGAGUCCCUGAUUGCUCAUGAAAUCAAGCAAGGGAAUUCUGGCCAUGAAUUUGUAUACUUGGUGAUCAAUAUGGAAAGGCCAUUGACCAAGGUAAGGGACCAUACACCACGAAUAGUACCCAUUCCCAAUAGGCUUUCCCGCAUAUCUGAGCGUUCCGUGUUGCUGAUAACCAAAGAUCCAUCCACGCCGUAUCGUGAUCCCCUGACCAGAGCAAAAUCACCGACAGAGGAUCUCUUCAAGGAUAUAAUGCCUUUAAAGAAAGUGAAAACCUUGACACGCUCAACAAAGUCGGCUAAGAACAUGCUGUCUGAGUACGACCUGAUCCUUGCAGAUCAUCGUAUACACCAUCUGUUACCUGAUAUAAUGGGUGAAGUGUUUUAUAGAGCACACAAGAGGGUGCCCUUUGUCGUACAACUGGCGCAGAUCACCGAGGAAGACAUGAAGAAGCCCUUGAAGAGACAAGAACGUGUUGAAAGGUGUGAUGCUCAGUACGUACUGAAACAGAUGAGAUCAAUUGCUAAGAAUACGUACUACUUCCCGUCGCGUGAUGCGCAGAUUGUUCUCAAAGUUGGGUAUAUCGAUACCGAACCUGAGAAACUAUGCCAAAACAUUGGUGCGGUUAUAGAGUUCCUUCACAAUGAAAAGUUCCUACCUUCUGGUGGAGUGCUGAAGAAAAAUCCAAUGAAGGAACUCUUUGUAAAGACAAACAAUAGUGCAAGUUUGCCUAUUUGGGUAAAGAAAGAUUGAUUCGUAAGGCUAUACGUUGUACACUACCGAGGAUGCUUUUGAAAGUGAGGAUUAACUCCAGUUUCACAGGCAUUCCUCUGGUCACUUGAUGGAAAAGUGACCAUUCAAUGUAUUCCAAGCAACAUAUAGUAUGUAAUAAUUAACAAGGACUGUAUCACAUAUGGUCUGUUGUAUUAGAAUCCGUGACUAGGGCUCAAAUAGUCCGUCUUGAAACAAG